GUGUGUUUGUGUGUGAAUGCGUCGCUGUGUGAUAACGAAUUGGCCUAUGUUACGGAGUAAUUGCGAUGUCUUGGUGAGAUAUAAAACGAAAAAUUCGGAAAGCAUCCCGGAACGGAAUCUGUCCCGUAAUUUUGGCCAAAUCAACGCUUCUCGGUCUCUGUGGCCAUGUUGCAGGCUACGACAGGGCAGACUUGUAUAAGUACUGCAGUAUAUGCAGCGGGUUUGUUGGCCAGACUCUAGUGACACAUAAAGAUGCGCUACCCAAUUCAGCUGUCCUGCUGGUUACGACCUCGACAACGACAAUUUGGCUGGACCAGGAAUACUUCUGUAGUUACGGAUGGGACGAAACCAAAACCAUUGGCAGCUAUUCCUGGCCCAUCGGGACUCUCCGCCCUGCCAUACAUCGGCCUCAUGUUUGAAUUGAAACCAUUUACAAAUUACGAUGUGAAGAAAUUGUCGGAACUUUUCGAAAAGUACCGCGAGCAAUACGGCCCCCUAGUGAAAAUCCGCGCAGGCAAGGAUUGGCUGGUGUGUGUAUAUGACCCUGACGACAUCGCUGCUGUGUUCCGAACAGAGUCCAGGCAUCCAUACCGGGGAGUAACUCCAUUGGCGAAAACCUACGACCGGCGAAAGGGCGUCAGACCGGGACUUGUUACUCUGAAGGGCGAUGAGUGGUAUGCCCUGCGAAGCCCAACACAAAAGGCGAUGAUGAGACCAAAGGCCAUGACUAAAUACGCCUACCGCAUCAGCCAAAUUGCUGAUGAAUUUGUUGCAAAGUUUGAACGCAGGGACCGAUUGGAUAACCUGCCUGAUCAGCUAAUGGAGUACACUGCCGAGGGUGUGGGUAUGCUUUGUUUCAACACCCGACUUGGCUGUAUCACGGAAACUAACAACUCUUCGGAAUUGAUGGAACAGACUAAAACAUACCUUGAGUUGUUUGGGGAAUCAACGUAUCGGCUUCCUCUGUACACUGUAUUCCGGACUCCAAUGUACCGACGAUUUGAGCGUGCUGCAGACUUUCUAUCUCAGGUAUGUGAAAACUACAUCGAUGACGCCCUGACCAAAGUUAACAAUACUACGAACUUCCAUGAUGCAACAGUACAGAACCCUGAAAUCCAGUCAUGGAACACUAAGCAAUCGUUCGACGCCGACGUACAGAACACCCAACACCCAACUAACGUCAACACUACUGACAUGGAGGACAGUCUAUUGUUCGACUUGUUGUCUACUCCCGGUAUGACCCCCGACAUGACCAGGCGGAUACUAGUAGACGUGUUUGUUGCUGGUAUCGAUUCCACUGCCAAUGCGAUGACGUUUCUAUUUUACUUCCUGGCCAAACAUCAAGACAAACAACGUAAGCUUUAUCAGGAGUUACUUGACGUGAUUCCUAAGGACGGAAAGAUAACCGAGGACGUUAUUAAGAAACUUUCAUACCUCAAAGCGUGCGUCAAGGAGUCGCUAAGACUGGUAUUUCCAAUCUGCGCAGGAACAGCGCGAAUACUUGAUCUGGACAUCGUUCUUAAGGGCUACAAGGUGCCUAAAGGGACCACACUAGUCCUCUGUAACGGGAUUAUCUGUCGGGAAGAGCGCUACUUUCCACAACAGGAUCAGUUCCUCCCGGAGCGAUGGAUUCGUGGGGAUAUCAGGACGGAUGUGAACCCAUUUGCCCAUCUACCGUUUGGAUUCGGGCCCCGUAAAUGUAUCGGCCAGAGAGUUGCUGAGCUGGAAAUCUACAUCUGUACUGCCAAGAUGUUUAUGACAUAUCGAUUCAAACUGCCUCCGGGAGUAGACGAAAUACCUUACAAGUAUUGUACGUUUGCCACGCCUCGAGAGAAGACCACAUUCAUGCUAGAGAGACGGGUUACCACUUGGCAUUCAUGAACGCCAUACUUUGGCUAUACCCAUGGCAAAAACUCAUAUGGUGGUCUUUAAUGUAAAAUAGAAUCAUUACACGCUUAGUC